UUGGCACACGCCAAUCAAGCAGAGCACUCGCCGCUCAUUGGUCGGCCGUUAUGAAUGAGGUGGGUCUUGACGACACACCGUGUGAGCUACUGUUGAAAUUCCAGUGCUAACCAACUUUAGCCAGCUUGCUAACAUGUAAUUUAGCUAAUGUGAAGGACUACAUAUACAGCGCUAAUCUGGAUUUAAAUGCAAAAAUAUUGUAUUACCAAUAUAACUAUAUCGUAAAAAAUCGUCUUGAUGAUCGCUACUGCGCGUGUCUUAUAACUGCAACCAGGACAUGUCCAGUUAGUUAGCCAGAACGCAGCACUCGGUGGAUAACGAACCUGGCAAGCUAGCCAGACCCUUUCUACUGGGUCUGCGUUGUGGGAAUUUGACAGGUUUCAUCCACCCAGAGGACAACUAAGCCGGUGGCUGUGACUACCAUGAGUCCCGCGGGCUGCCCCCAUGUCAACGGCUUCAAAGUGGACAACUGGAAGCAGAACCUGAGGGUUAUUUAUCAGUGUUUCGUGUGGAGCGGGUCAGCCGAGACCAGAAAACGCAAGGCCAAGUCGUGUAUCUGCCACAUGUGCGGCGCCCACCUCAACAGGCUCCACUCAUGCCUCUACUGCGUCUUCUUCGCCUGCUUUGCCAAAAAACACAUCCACGAGCACGCCAAGAGCAAAAGGCAUAACCUAGCCAUUGACCUGCUGUAUGGAGGAAUUUACUGUUUUAUGUGCCAAGACUACAUUUACGACAAAGACAUGGAACAGAUUGCCAAAGAGGAACAGAGGAAGGCCUGGAAAAUGCAAGGCAUAGGGGAGAAGUACUCAACGUGGGAGCCCACCAAGAGGGAGCUAGAGCUUCUCCGCCACAACCCUAAGAGGAGGAGAAUCACCUCCAACUGUACUAUUGGCCUGCGCGGGCUGAUAAACCUGGGCAACACGUGCUUCAUGAACUGCAUCGUCCAGGCGCUGACACACACUCCGCUGUUGCGUGACUUCUUCCUGUCCGACCGACACAAAUGCGAGAUGCAGAGCAACUCCUGUUUGGUGUGUGAGAUGUCGCAACUCUUCCAGGAGUUCUACUCAGGCCACCGGUCGCCACACAUCCCCUUCCGUCUUCUCCACCUGGUGUGGACCCACGCCCGCCACCUGGCCGGCUACGAGCAGCAGGACGCCCACGAGUUCCUCAUCGCAGCGCUGGACGUCCUGCACAGACACUGCAAAGAUGACAAUGGUAAGAAAGCCAACAACCCCAACCACUGUAACUGCAUCAUCGACCAAAUCUUCACCGGGGGCCUGCAGUCUGACGUCACCUGUCAAGUCUGCCAUGGUGUCUCGACAACCAUAGACCCGUUCUGGGACAUCAGCCUGGACCUGCCGGGCUCCUCCACCCCGUUCUGGCCCCUCAGCCCUGGAGGAGACGGAUCUGCACUGAACGGAGAGAGUCACACCACCGGGGCCACAACACUCACAGACUGUCUGCGCAGGUUCACCAGGCCAGAGCACCUCGGCAGCAGUGCUAAGAUCAAGUGCAGCGGUUGCCAUAGUUACCAGGAGUCCACCAAGCAGCUGACCAUGAAGAAGCUGCCCAUCGUGGCCUGCUUUCACCUCAAAAGGUUUGAGCAUUCAGCCAAACUGCGGCGGAAGAUCACGACUUAUGUCUCCUUCCCGUUGGAGUUGGACAUGACCCCCUUCAUGGCCUCCAGUAAAGAGAGCAGGAUGAAUGGGCAGUACCAGCAGACCGUGGACCCCUUCAACAAUGACAAUAAGUACAGUCUAUUUGCAGUAGUAAACCACCAGGGAACACUAGAGAGCGGCCAUUACACCACCUUCAUCCGCCAGCACAAGGACCAGUGGUUCAAAUGUGACGAUGCCAUCAUCACCAAGGCCAGCAUCAAGGAUGUCCUGGAUAGUGAAGGGUACCUUUUGUUUUAUCACAAGCAGUUCCUGGAGUACGAGUAGCUUCCCUCCACCAGAGCCGCCUGCGGGUGGAGACGAGGGAUGAUGCAAGGAUGAGUUGCACGGGAAAAGGUAACGGAGGGAUGAGACGGGCACGGAAACGGGAAACGCAAGCCUGCCUGAGUCACUCUUUAAUUGCAACUCUCACUCGUAACAUGGAACCACCCCUUACUCCAUACUAAUCUAGUUCCACUUGUACGACAUUCAAAAGAGAACUGUACGCAAGUGUUUAGGAACCAAACAAAACGCAAGGAAUUUGGGAUGGUGAUAUGUACGGGCCCUGAUGGGUUAUUGUAUAAAAUGACGUUCACUUGAAUUCAAAGGAUAUAAGCAGCUGUGAUCAUCCGCUGUUCUGCAAAAUCAGCGUGUACUUGAGAUCAGGCACAGGACAUACAGCGCCGUAUCCCGCCUUGUUCCACUGUUUUUUGUUUUUGUUUUUUUUUUAAGAUCCAGACAGAUGAACCGACGGUUAUUUUGUAACUUUCAUUUAUCCGGGGAAGGUUGACUUAAUCCCCAGUGCUGUUCUUCACCGUGUUUUGUGUUCGCACAGCUGCAUUUAAUAACACCUGAACGUGAAAAUAUGUGGAGUCGCAGCCUUCCGCAGGGAUUUGAGGCUCUGCUUUAAAGAAGAAUUUCUUCGUCUUUUUUUUUUAUUUGCUUCACCUAAACCGCAACUUCUGGACACAAGCGCACUUGUCUGACACACCCACACUCCUCCAAAUGACCAAAUAUUUCAAAGGAUGGAAGUUAUCAUGCUUUUUUUUGUUGAGAAUGCAAAAAAGCAGAGGAAAAAAACUACAGAGACAGUUAAUUCCAUUUAUUACUCGUGAGUUUGUAGGAAACAUUGACUUUAACAAGGGAUCUGUUGUUUUCUGCCCCUCAUGCUCAUUCCAACAGUCCCGGGGGAAAGAAGUGACACGGUGAACAUUACAUUUUUAUACAUGCUGUAAUUAAAUCGUCUGUUUACGGUUUUGCAUUCUCCCCAAACUCCCGCAUCGUUCGCCUGUGUCACUUUGUGCCGUCAAUCAUGUUUUUAUUUCUUUGUACACACAAAAGCAAAAAUAGUGCCGCUAACAGUCCUGGCAAGGCAACACUUCUUUUGAAGGGGUGUGCAUAAGACUGACAUGACACCGUCAUAACCAUGAUAUGAAACCUGUCAUAAACAUGAGUCUUUUGAAUUUUGUGUCAUUCGCUACAUUAUGACACUUUUAACGAUAAGGAAGCAUUGCUUGAGAUGUUUGUGUUGGCGUAAUGAUAGCUUGUUGUAUUUUUAACACAUAAAGCUAAAUAGUUUCUUAAACCUUGAUAAUUAGGCCCGCCAUGACAUGUUUUUGACAGCUCAUGGUGUUUUGGUUAAUGUCAAGUUGACAUAACACGGAGGUUGUUGUCAUGGCUCAUGUCAAGUUGUCUUAACACAAACAUCUCAAACAAUGCUAACUUUGCAUUAAAAGCGUCAAAAUGUAACGAAUAUCAGUCAUAAACAUUCAAAAAGACUCCCUGUCAUAGUCACAACUGUGUCGUGUCAGUCUUACGCACACCCCUUCAAACGCAGUGGAACCCAGUCGUGACACUGCUGCUAUGGCGGCUUCAUUUCAUUUUCUGUAUGUUUCCUGUUUAAUUUGACGGCAUUUUGGCGCUACAGAGUCAUAUUCUUCAUAUUCAAGAUAAAUCGUCGCCGUGCUGUUUCAUGUAAAUGGCAACAAAAAAAGAAAUGAAACAGGAGUAUGUAUAAUGGGUCCGAAGCUCGAUCCUGCAGUGUUAAUUGUCGGCCGCAUGUUGCUCUCUCUCUGUGUGUGUGUGUGUGUGUGUGUGUGUGUGUGUGUGUGUGUGUGUCUGUGUGUGUGUGUGUGUGUGCGUGCGUGUGCGUCCGAGAAAAGAAAAGAUCAGUGUAGAUGUUUGUAUAAAAUGUGUCAUUUUGCAUAAAGGGAGAAAAACAUAAAGUGCGUAUGUGUUCCCGUUUGUAUGCACGUGUGUCGUGCGUAUGUACCGAGUGUCCGUGUACUGAAUCAGUACUUGCAUUCAGCAUGCCGUCUGAGCUGGGUAUCACAGUUUGAUAGGAUUUUUUUUUUUCCACAUGUUGAUGAUGUAUGGUAAAGUAUAUGUGUACAGUUUGUAUGUUAAGAGACACAUUGUGAAACCUCAGAGUGGAUUUUCUUCUUCUUUAUCGCUGGAUCCGGCCACGGGUUCGUAAUCAGAAGAAACGAUGAACUCGACCCGGUCGAUAAUUACCCACACACACACACACACACACACACACACACACACACACACACACACACACACACACACACACACACACACGUAACUGCUGCAAGAACUGGACACAUUGAUAGAAAAAGACACUCAAAUAAAGAAAAUCUAUAUCUGUUAA